CGGGGCCACACGCUCGUUAGACCGGCGCGUGUAUGCAACUAUGUAUUCCACUUUGUCUUAAGAUGUGCGGCUACGAUGAGGCCAGCCGCCACGCGGCAGCGGUAUUACGCAAACGCUCCGUGCGAGCGGUUGCACUGGAUAGCUACUCAUUUAAUUAGCGCAAUAGUAAAUUAAAUAAAAAAAGAAAAAUGGGAAAAAAGGAAAGAGAAAGGAGACGAAGACUAGAGAAACUCUGCUCAUACUUCCAUUCAUUUACAUCUUCUCUCUCUGAAUAAUCUGCUGGUGCUGCUUUCUCUCUCUAGAGCUGCCCUUCUUCGACGUCGUCGUUUCUCUCCAUCGGAGCGUGUCUCUUGUGUAAAGGUGAGCAGGCUUGUGAGGAGUGGGCUGGACGAGGGGCAGAGCUGUAAAUUGACCGAGCUCCGCUGGAGUGCUUUUGGGUUUACUUGUAGCCUGCGAGAAAGUAAAGGCUCUCAGCUCUCGAUCGAGGUUUGGUCUUCGAGCUUGAGGCUGGAAAUACUAAUGCAGAAGGUAUAAAAAGAUUGUCGAGGUUCCGUGUUGCAGACUGCAUAUAAACUCUAAUAAGAAAAUGUUGGAGGGUCCCAAGUUUACUGGAAUUGUAGGCCUAAACAAUAAUCAUGAUAAUUAUGUCAUGCAUUUUUAUCACAAGCUCAAUGAGGGAUCAAAUAUGUCGACCGAAAGUUAUGGGAGCUUGCAGAUGAGCAAUGGUGGAGGCUCUGUUGCGAUGUCAGUAGACAACAGCAGUGUGGGGUCAAACGAUUCCCACACUCGUAUCUUGGGUCACAACGGCCUCAGGCAUGUCAAAGACUAUUCUGUCGCUGCCAGUGUCAAUCAUGGGAGAGUUUCUCAAGGGCUGAGUGAUGACGCACUCGCUCAAGCUCUGUUGGAUCCUCGAUAUCCUACUGAGGGACUUGGUAAUUAUGAUGAGUGGACAAUUGACCUGAGAAAGCUGAACAUGGGACCUGCUUUUGCUCAGGGUGCUUUUGGGAAGCUCUACAAAGGCACAUAUAAUGGUGAGGAUGUUGCAAUUAAGCUUUUGGAGAGGCCGGAGAAUGACGCAGAGAGGGCACACUUGAUGGAGCAGCAGUUUCAACAAGAAGUAAUGAUGUUGGCUACGCUUAAACACCCAAAUAUUGUCCGCUUUAUUGGCGCAUGCCGAAAACCCAUGGUGUGGUGUAUCGUGACAGAAUACGCCAAGGGAGGGUCAGUGCGCCAGUUCUUGACAAAACGUCAGAAUCGUUCAGUGCCCUUGAAAUUGGCUGUCAAGCAGGCCUUAGAUGUGGCUAGGGGGAUGGCAUAUGUUCAUGGAUUAAAUUUGAUUCACCGGGACUUGAAGUCUGACAAUUUACUAAUUUCUGCUGACAAGUCAAUCAAGAUUGCUGAUUUUGGGGUUGCUCGUAUAGAGGUGCAGACAGAAGGAAUGACACCAGAAACUGGCACAUACCGUUGGAUGGCCCCAGAAAUGAUCCAACACCGGCCUUAUACCCAGAAAGUUGAUGUAUAUAGCUUUGGGAUUGUCCUGUGGGAGCUAAUCACAGGGAUGCUCCCGUUCCAGAAUAUGACUGCCGUUCAGGCAGCAUUCGCUGUUGUGAACAAAGGUGUUCGGCCAACCAUCCCUAACGAGUGCCUGCCUGCUCUGAGUCAGAUCAUGACGCUCUGCUGGGAUGGGAAUCCUGAUGUUAGGCCAUCCUUCAGCGAGGUGGUCAGAAUGCUCGAGGCUGCAGAGACGGAGAUCAUGACUACUGUGAGAAAAGCUCGUUUCAGGUGCUGUAUGAGUCAACCGAUGACUACAGAUUGAUGCAAAGAAGAAACUAGAAGUGUUAAAAAACAAUGUAUAAGAAUCGGAAAGGCGACUGAUUUGUCAGGUUUAUGUAUGUAUGAUCAUCAGGCUAAAUUUCUUUCCUGGGUUAGAGAUAAGGAGAGAAAGUUUAUGAUAAUAACUGCUUGUUUUGAUUUUUAACUUUGUGGAUUUAAGAUACUGUUUUUAGUGGUAAUAGAGAUCUGAUGUGUAUUUAUGCA